GGCUUUCAAACCUGGUGGUGAUGCAGCUAUAAAUGUACCAACAAUGACACUGUCAUCACACUUCCUGAUCUAGCUGGUACAAAUCAGACGAACUUCCCUAAUUUGGUUUAUAGCUCAGUGUACUCCUAACCAGCUACUAUGUCUUUUGUGGACACACUGCGCCAGUGGGACGAGGCUGUAACUUGUGCCGACAGACAGGAUUUGUCAGAGGCACUCAGGAUUUUCCUGGCUAUCCAAGAUCCAAACUCCAAAAUUAGUUUUGACAUUGGCUGUCUCCAUCUUCUUAACAAAGACCUGGAUGAUGCUGAAAAGGCAUUUGAUUGCAGCAUUCGCAAGGAUGAGCAUUUGGCUGUUGCCUUCUUUCAAAGAGGGAUGACGUUUUACAGAAAACAGAGGUACGAGGAGAGUUUAGGUGAUUUCCAGCAUGCCUUCAAAGCACUAAGAGGCAACCAGCUGAUAGAUUACAAAGCACUUGGUCUCAGAUACAAAUUGUAUGCAUGUGAGGUUCUUAUCAAUAUGGCUCUGGCUGAGGCUCAGCUGGGUAACUGGGAAAAAGCCCAUGAAAACCUUGUGAAGGCUCUGAACUACAAGACAGAUGCCAAGCUCAAUAUCAUCGACAAAGCUCUGGAUUCAGCCCUGAAACAGAAACUUUUCAAACUAGUCGAGUUUCCAUCAAAAGUGCUAUUCAAACCAAAUAAGCACUAUGUUGCAGAGCUGGAGAAGAAGGACUACCUUGGCAAAGCAACGGUGGUUUCCUCGGUCGUUCCUCAGGAUGCUUUCUCUGGAUUUGCCCCAUUACAGCCACAGGUUAAAGAUGGUCCAACUAGUCCAAAAGAGCCUGAGGUUCUGAGGGCUUUAGAAGGAGAACCUCACACUGUCCUGUUUGAGUUUGUUCCUGAGACCAGUGAUGAGCUGGCUGUAGUACCAGGCAAUAUUGUGUUUGUACUGCAGAAGGCAGCCGACAACUGGGCAUCUGUGAUCUUUAAUGAAAGAAGGGGACUUGUUCCUUACAAUUACCUGGAACGUUUGGAGAUGUCCUUGGCUUCUAAAAAAAAUGAGGCAAGACCUCAACCUCCAAGUAGAGAACCACCAACCAGACCUGAAAGAAAAUCAGGUCUGACUCUCAGCGCUAACAGCAGUGAAGACACAGAAGGAAAGGAUGAGCAGCCUACCGACAAUUCUCUUAUUGUCAAAGUUCGGUUCACAUACACCUUUGCUGUCUCAGUACCACCUGCGUCUCCAUAUGAAAUACUGAUUGAGAAAAUCAGCAACAAACUGAAGCUCUCUUCUACUGCGUUCACUUUGAGUUUAACCUCUGAGGCAACUGAACAAAGUGUAAUCAACGACAGCACAGAAAUGGAAAGUGUGUGGAGUCGUGCCAGUGGUGUACGCAUCACCUUGUGGUGUAACGCCGAAGAGCAAACUGAUGGAAAUCCACAGAGCGAGAUUCCCUUGGUGGCACUUCAUUCCUACGAGUCAUCAAAUCCAGAGGAUCUGAAUUUUCAUCAAGGAGAUACAAUCACAUUAAUCUCUAGAGUUAACCAGGAUUGGUUGGAAGGGCAAAGUAAUGGGAAUACUGGUAUAUUUCCUGCAUCCUUUGUGGAAGAAGUACCUGUCAAUGGCCAGUAAUUUAAAAUAUAUAUAUAUAUAUAUAUAUAUAUAUAUAUAUAUCUCUCUCUCUCAAAGAUACAAAAGCCAGUAACAGUUAAGUUGUCGGGACCAAAAUGAUUUAUGUGAUUCAGUAAGUAAUGGGAUAAUAAAAAAAAAAAAACUAGUGGUAUCUGAUAUUUUAUGAAAACAUAAAUUGUUUCUUACAGCUCUCAGUAAUUACAAGCAAUAUACAUUGAAUGUAUGCAGGCAUGAUUCAAUAAGACCUCGUGGGUUACUGGUAAAUCAUCCUUCCUCUUCAUAGGCAAUGGCUAUGCCUCUCCUGCCCUCUACAGCCUUCACCACAGGUGUCUCUCCCAAAUUUGGCUCUAAGCCGCGCCAGCUUCGUUCUGCCAGAAAAGAUGCUGAAAAAAGAAAGCGCAAAUGUUUAGUGUAAUACAUAACAUUCAUAAGUAUGUUUGUGCAACACUGUGACUCAUGAAAUGGGAAAUAUUUUGGUUGUUGUUUGCACAAGAUGUAACAAUUAUUGUAUGUGGUCAGAAUUCUACAAUAAACUUAUGGGUGUAUGGAAAUUAA